CGAGAUCCACUCGACCGGCCAUAAACAAUGACGCUGCCGCUUCUAAACCUCCACACCCUCUGCACUCUCAACGACCACUUCGCAGUCAACUUGCCACUUUUCUUGUCACAGAAACCCCUUAUAAACCCAUCAAUCAGAAACCCCACUUUUACAUGCCCACCGAAGACUCCCCUUCCACAAUGGCCCUCGCCAUUAAAGGACCGAUCCACUUCGGUCCCUUCGUCGUCACACCCCAGGUCUUCCACAUCACCCCCCUCUCCUUCGCCCUCGUCAACCUCAAACCCAUCCUCCCAGGCCACGUCCUCGUCUCCCCGCGCCGCGUCGUCCCCCGCGUCUCCGACCUCACCCCCUCCGAAACAACAGACCUCUUCCUGACCGUCCGUCGCGUGGGCCGCAUGGUCGAGCGCGUCUACGGCGCAAGUAGUCUCAACAUUGCCGUGCAGGAUGGGGUGGAGGCGGGACAGAGCGUGCCGCAUGUGCAUGCGCAUAUCAUCCCGAGGAAGAAGGCGGAUUUGGAUGCUCGUGGAGGCACGGAUGCGGUUUAUGAUAUGCUAGAUGGGGAGGAGGGCGAUCUGGGGAGCCAUUAUCGGCGGAAGAGGACGAGGUUUCCUGCCGUUGAUAAUGAGGAGAGGAGGCCGAGGAGUAUGGAGGAGAUGCAGGCGGAGGCGAGCAUGUUGGCUAGGGAGAUGGAGGCCGAGGAGUUGGAUUGAGUUGGUGGAGUGCUGUGUGUAGUAUUCAUAGAUGCAUAGAUCUUUUACUCUUAUUUGCGUGGAUACCCU